GCAGCGGGAGCGGCCCCGCGGGCGGCGCUGCCGACAGAGCCUUUAAAAUCCGCCGGGGCUGUCCGCUCCGGGCGCUGCCGGCCGAGCCGAGCGGAGCCGCUCCGAGCACUCCGGCUGCCCAGCCGCCUUUCCCAUGCGCCUGCCGAGCAUGUCCCAGCCCUUCCUGCUGGCGCCCAUCGCCGAGUGCCCCCCGGGGCCGCCCGGCGCCCAGAUCCGCCUGGUCGUGCUGGGCGCCCGCGGCGUCGGCAAGAGCGCCAUGAUCGUGCGGUUCCUGACCAAGCGCUUCAUCGGCGACUACGAGCCCAACACAGGCAGCCUCUACUCCCGGCUGGUCCAUCUGGACGGSGACCACGUUGCCGUAGAGAUACAAGACACGCCGGGAUGUAUCCAGAUGCAGGAAGACUGCGUGCAGGUGCUGGACUCCCUGUCCAGGUGUGUGAAGUGGGCGGAGGGCUUCCUGCUGGUCUACUCCAUCACAGACUACAGCAGCUACCAGUCAGUCCAGCCUCUCUACCAGCACAUACGCAAGGUCCACCCCGACACCAGGACUCCCAUCAUUAUUGUGGGGAACAAAGCAGACCUCCUCCAYGCCAGGCAAGUACAGGCAAAAGAGGGACUACAGCUGGCAAAUGAACUGGGCAGCCUGUUCUUGGAAAUCUCCACCAGUGAGGACUCCCARGGCGUCUGUGAUGUCUUCCAGUAUCUUUGCAAGGAGGUCAGCAAACUACAGCAUGCCAACAGCACGGACAGGAGGCGAUCGUCCAUCAUCCCUCGGCCCAAAUCUCCCAACAUGCAAGAUCUAAAGAGACGUUUCAAACAGGCUUUAUCUUCCAAAGUCAAGUAAACCUCCCAAUGAGAUCCUGUGUGACUCAAUAGAAUUUAUUUUUGUAACCUAGUUAAUAAAAAUCUUUAUUUUUGUACUAAUGCCAGCAGUGUAGAAAUAAGUAUGUCAAAGCUUGCAAUUUUCUUGCUGUUCUCUCAUCUGAUUGGUUUGGUCAUUUUUGCAAAAAAAAAGAAAAAACAAGGCUGCAUAGCAACUAAAUAGAGGGAGUUGGAAAGGGGACUUUUGCCAGGAGGCUUUGAUUCAAUUUCUUUUUUGUGGGAGCUGGGAUUUUCUGUAUUAUGCUAUUGUAUGAUUUUUUUKAGGUCUCCAUUUUCUGUUUGUAAAAUGGGAGUGUUAAUGAUGUAAAUCAUUAUAAAUAWCAUUAUAUCAAGCCUUUACACAAUGCUUGGAAAGCCCUUGGUGGGAAACUUUGUAGGAGACA